AUGAACUUAAACAGUAUUAUGCCGAUCAUUCAAAAUAUCCUCAUUUGGAUGAAAAAUUCAUUAGCGAUAUUUGAGGCAUUGAAAUAUUUGGUCGCGUUGGUCAAGCCGUUAUCAAGAACGAAAUAUAUCACUGCUAAUUUCGAUGGUAUCUUAUGUGUAGUGCUGCAUAAUUUUGAAAAGAAGCGGUUGAACUACUAUCAAGCAUUAAUCAAAGCACCAUUCUCUGGGGAUAUCGAGAUCGUAAAGUACUUGAAUGAACAGCUGGAUGCUUGUGAUCAAUCAAAGAUAUGUAGAGACUAUGAUUACGAAACAGGUGUAUUUUUCGAUAGUGCAGCCAAGAUGGGGCGGAACUACUUGAUUGAAUUGCUAACGGAUAGCAUAUCAGAUUAUAAUACAAUCGAUUAUGAGAUGAUCUCAAAUUUUAAAUCGUCUAUUAUCUCUGGUGUACUAUUAAAUUUGAUUAGUUGGUUGGUUAUCAUUAAUCCAGGUGCUGAUAAAAAUAUUGUCAAUGAAAUGUUUUAUUUACAAUAUUGUUUAAAAAACAUUAUCUAA